CACAUUCGUUCUGACUGUCGGCUCAGACUAACAGCCUCACCUGUUGUUCCUGUCAAUCAGACACGCAGUCUCAACCAAUGAACCAAAGAUGCGUGAGGGAGGGCCGAGCCAACUCACUCACAGUUACACACUUAGCAGCCGAGGAGAGAGAGGAAGGACAGCUGUGAAAACAACAGCUGGAAAAUGAGUCGGAAGCCAAGUAGCAUUUGGAUGCAUUUUAAAAAUGUAGACAAUGUUAGAGCACAGUGUAGAAUUUGACAAAACUAAAUCUCAUAUAAAGCCGGUUCUACGCACAACCUACACCAGCAUAUGCGAACUGUGCACCCAACUGUGAAGCUAGCUGUAGCGGAGCAUCGAGAAACUAGCGGGCCUGCUAGUGAUAGUGGUGGAGCCACUCCGUCAAGUAGGCCUACUCCGCGACCCACAGCAACGCAGUCUUCUAUGGACCAGUUUAUGCCAAAGUCUAUGUCUGUAGCAAAACAAGGCCAAAUUGAUAUUGCAUUGCCUAAAAUGAUUGCUACCAAUUUCCAACCAUUUUCGAUGGUGGAGGACAGCGGUUUUAGAAAUAGCAAUAGUCUAAAUCCAAUGUACGCAAUUCCAAGCAGGAAAACCCUUUCAAAAUCACUUAUUCCACAACUGUACAAGAGCACACAGGCUUCAGUGCCGGAAAGAGUCCAAAAAGCUACUGCAGUUUGCCUUACCACUGACUGCUGGACAUCAAGGGUAAACACUUCUUACAUGUUGGUCACAUGUCACUUCAUUGAAGAUUUCUCGAUGUCUAGUUGUCUGCUGGACUGCUUUUGAGUUCAGCGACAGACACCUCAGAGAACUUGGCAGAGGAACUGUGAGAGUGGCCAGAGAAUGGCAAGUGGUCUGUUGUUUUAGUGACAAUGCAGCUAACAUAACCAAAGCCAUGAACAUUUUUAAAUGGACCCAUCAUCCAUGUCAUGCCCACACAAUCAACCUGAUUGUAAGAGACGCUCUGAAGGUGAUGAAGCCCACUGUGGACAAAGUGAAAGCAGCUGUGGAAUAGUAAAGUCUACACAACACCAGAUGGGGAUGCCUGAGCUGAGGCCUAAACAAGACUGCACUACAAGGUGGAAUUCAACAUUGUAUAUGUUGAAGGGGUUUCUUGAGUCAAAGGAUGCCAUCAUCUCUACCCUGGCCAUUGUCAAUGCACCUGUUGAUGCUCUGACCCAAGAGGAAUGGGAGGUGGUGAAGGAGGUGUGCAGAGUCCUGGAACCCUUUGAGCAGGUCACUGUGGAUAUCAGUGGAGAGAGCUAUGUGACAGCCUCAAAAAUGAUACUCCUGUGUAAGCGAAUCACACCCAGCCGCCAGAGAGAAGCAAAUGUAACCACAGGACAUGUGACAGAGUUGGACACCCUAUGUUCAUCAAUGGACAGAAAGUUCCACAGAAUGGAAUAUAAUCACGUGCUAUCAGAAACCGCUGCACUUGACCCCAGGUUUAAGAAGUUAGCCUUCAACUGA